AUGAAAAUGGAGAAAGCUCUCUAUCUAAAUGGAAAACCAUUAAUUAAACCUCCGUUGACAGUUGAUGAACAAUUGAAUGAAAGACUUGAUAGAACUGGAUACAAGAUUGAUGACUUAAAUAGAUUGAAUGAAAAACCAGUUUUACAAAUAGUACUUCUUCAAUUUAUCAAAUAGAUAGAUCUUGAUGGUCUCACUUCUGGUUACUUAAAUAAUAAUCCAUUAUUUUAAAUGUUGAAACAGUAAAUUAUGAAUUGGAAUGAAAAGGUAACACUUCAUAGAGCUGAACAAAUCAAAUUAUUAGAUCCCUUAGUUUCUGACAAUCUAUAUCGUUAACUAAAAAAUUCUCUAUUAGAAGUCGUUAGCACAAGGAAUAAAAUAUAACAAUAAGAUUUCCUUAACAAAGUAUCAAAUUGGUUCUUCUCUUAAUUACCAAAAUCUUAGACUGCUUCAUUAAAAUAAUCUCUCUUAGAGAAAAAAGAUUCUGUAAUUAAUUUAUUGUAUUUUUAGACUCUUCAUUUUAUUCCUAAUACAUAUAAUGAAGACCAAUAUACUUCUGGAAUUGAAGAUUAUACUCUUAAAUUUCGAUCGGUUCAUCCUGAAUUUGAUCCACCUGAAGAUAGAGUAAAAACUUAUCAAAGAAAAAAUCUUUUAUCAGAUACUAGCACUCGUCCAGGAACAACUCCAGGAGUUUUAGGUGUUUCUUAAUUUACAAGACCUUAAACAUCUCAAACUACAUAUAAAAUGAUUGAUUAAGUUGAAAAACUAUAAAGACCUAAAACUAAUCAAUUACAUACACUUUCUAAAUAGUAACAAACUUGGAUGUAUGAUCCCAAUUUUCCAGUAUUUCAACCUAUUGAAGAUAAAUAAUAAAAAUCAAGCAGAAGAUUAAUUUAAAGAGAGGAAUCUCCAUUAAAAGCAGAUAAACCAACAGAUAGAGAUAAAUUAGAUUAAAUUGAAGGAAUAGAAUAAGAAUAAGAUGAGGAUGAAGAUUAAUCACCAGAAAAAAUAGAAGAAUCAAAUAAAAAUUUAGCAUCUUAAUAAGAAAUAUAAACAGUGAAAAAAAAAAAAAAAAAAGAAAGAGCAGAUAAAUAUAUUAGUAUAGCACCUGAAAAUAAAACCUAUAAAACAGAUUUUGAAACUUAAAAUGCUUAUCAAAUAGGAUAAAAGUUCAGGUUAGGAGAAUAAUAAGGGACAUUUCAUAAUUAUGAUCCUUCUUAAAUUGAAGAUAAAAUGGUAGCAGCUAGAUUAAAUUAAUAUUAUAGUGAAUAAAGAAUAAAAGAAGUAAAAGAACAAAGAGAAGAUGUUGAAAUGGUUUAAUCUAUGAAAGAAUGGGCUACUAAUAAGAGUAGAAUUGAUGAAAUGGUAUUACAAUCAGAAUAUGUAUUUAUAAAUUUAUUAUUAUUAUUAGUUAACAGCAAUGGGAUCAUAAUAUUCAAAUGUUGGAAUUAAAAUUUCAGAUUUAUAUGAAUCUAAAAAAAUGGAUUUAGCUGAGGAAAAAGCUUAUGCAAAUUAUCUUAACAGAACUUCUUUACCAAAAGCAAGAAUGGUAUAAAGUGCAGUACCAAUGACUAAGGUAGUUUAAAAUACUGUUAUACCAACUCAAGUUGAAGAGGAAGCAGAAGAUUUUUAAAGUAAAUAAGCAGAUCUUGAAAAAUAAAUUAACUCAUAAAGACUUCAAUUAUUAAAAAUGUCUAGAGGUGCCUGUCUACCAGGUGGAUUAACAAAUAAUCCUAAUUAAGAAACUAUUUAAAGUAACAGGAUUAUGUCUUCUAGUUGUUUCAAAAGUGCUUAACCAAAAAGAUUAUUCAGUUCUGUUUUAAAAACUCAUAGUAUCAAAUAAGAAUUAGACUCUCAGGUAUUAAAAUAUGUUUAUCAAAUUUAUUUAGAUUGGUGAAAUUAAACAAUUAAAAAAUAGAUUAGCAUCCGCUAACAAAUUUGUUCCAAUUAAUAUUCUUUAGAAAUCUAUAUUGAUACCUUAAGGACAUGCAAAUCCUUAUAAAGUACCUCUUCCAAAGCCAGGAAUUCUCUUAGCAAACCUUCCCGAUAAUACAAAAUAAACUAAAACCAAAAAAAAGAAAAUAAUAAAAUGA